GUUAUUAGAUUAGGGUGGUGUAAAAUGUCAAAGAGCCCACUCAGCCAUGCUGUGACAUUGUUUACAAAACAAGAACGGAUCAAAGUGCAUCAAGCGCACAGGUAUCACGGUAGCUGUGUGUGGCACGCACGAAGAAAAGGGAGGCGUAUAGCGAAAAAUAACCAUAAAAAAGAGUCGACGACAAAAGAUGAUGUGUCAAAUCAGUGUAGACCUGCUGGCAAGAAAAUUCCUUUCCCGGGAUUGGGGGAGAAAGUUCUCCGUUUGAAGUAUAAAAGGUUAUCGAAGCAGGGAGCAAAAACGAACUGGACCGAAUGAAGAAAAUUGGCCACUAAAUGAGAUCGUCUGUAAGUUACAUGUUAUCGCAAGGACCAGGUGACCCGAUAAUGGCGCAUCCAGACUACGAGCAGCAUCACUAUCAUCACGGUUGUCUGCUAAUCCUUGUGCGCGGAAUCGGUCCACUGAAGCCGCGAUCUCUGCAGCGUGUUUUCGAACGAAUUCAGCGACUGAACAACGUCAAAAUUCCUGAUUCUUCAGGAAUAACUCGAGAUAUUUGGGUCCGAUAUAUUAGAGACCAUCCAGUGGAAAAUAAUGAUUGGGGUGAUUUCCAGCCGCAUCGGAGACUGCUGGGUUUGAUAACAGUUGGCAAAUUCGACAACCAAACCGAGCUGAAUGUAACAAUCUACGGCAGAAAAAAACCGAUAUGGUGAUUAAUCUGAAUUCUGAAACGGCAUCGAUUCCGGACAAAACCUCCGCUUCUUCUAACUCGCCAGCUUCUUCUAUCAGAUAACAUUUUCAUCUGGAUCAGGUGGCAGCACGGCCAGUGGAAGUUCUUCGCUCACCGAUUCUGGAACGCUGGUUAACAAAUCAACUACUACCCAGAAGUUCCCUCCGAACAUUCUCCAACCGGAGGAAAUUCCAGCCCGUUAUCGAGAAGCGAUUAUUAAUUACAGCAAGUAUCGUAGCGCAGGUAGUAUCGAAACAGAAGCUGCUCUGAAAGCAGCCAGAAUCUGUAUUGAACAGGGAAAAAACUUGGACGUAGCAAUGUUCCUUCAAAACGUACUUUACAUUAACCUCAACAUGAUCGAACAACAGCGGGUUCGGCGGUUUGAAGUACUCACAGAUCUGUACCAGAAAAUAGGCUACAACAGAAAAGCCGCAUUCUGCCAACGACUUGCUGCCUGGCGACACGUUGCCGUUAGUAACACCAACCCUGACUGGGGCCAAAGUUAUCGACUCAUGCUGGAAAGUUUCCCAGGGCACAAGCUCGUUCUUGAACUACAACAGGUACUCGAGAGCAACAUCGGCUGGCCGGUUUUACAGAUCGAUCUUCUCCAACAGCUGAUGGGAACGGCCAGGCGGCUGGGACAAUCGGCGUUAGCUACACGGCACAUGACAUUCCUGCUGCAAACGAUGUGGCAACAUUUGAACGCACACGAUCAAAAAGAAAUGGCACUACAGCUCCAAAAUCUCAGCUCGCAGUGCGAGGGUGCACCGGUUCCGUUGGUAUUGGAAAAUGGAACCAUCAUACCGCCCGCGAAUCUGACAGAUCUACCCUUGUGCAGUCAACUGUUGGUAAAAGAUUUGCCGUCGCACAUGAAACCGCUCAAGAUUGUUGUUGCCAAAGCCGAUAGUGGACCGUUCCUUUUCACGCCAAUCCAGUUUUGUUCCGGAGAAUUGAUAUCCGCUAAGACGACCUGGAAAAAAUAAAUUACGUGAAAUUAUCAGAUAUGUUAAAAUUUAAAGGAAAAAAAUCGUCAUCACCUGUGGUGUAACAUAGAACACCCGUUUAGUUUGCCACAGCUCGGAGCGGUUCUUCCUCAGCUGUUUCCCCGUCAUUUCGGCGGUAUCUUCCUUGGGAAUACCCAUGAUCUUGUAGCAUGCUUCGAUCUGCUGAUUUACCAGCGGUCUUGUCGGUGCCAUGAAGAUAACCUUCCCGGUUGGAUACCACCGGUAUAGAUUAGAUUGUACAUCACAACCGCUGCGAUAAAGGUUUUUCCCAACCCUUUACCCUUUUGUUCUGCUAGUUCGAUCCGUCCAGCCGUACUACUUCACGGCUUCACGGCUUUUGCACGAGGAGAUUGAAAAACAGCCACUGUUGUUUGCCACUCUAAAACAAAAACAAAAGAUUUAAAUUCAAGUUGAUGGUGACGUCAUAUAAAACACCACCACCAAAGCACGACUGUUUCGGUCAUACUUCUCAUUGCUUUUCUUUGACAAAAAACGUAAACAAUGUAAUAGGCUGUCAAAAUUUUGCCUUCCGUGCCCACUUCUUCACCGCGCCUACUUUGUGUCAAAGUUGUUCCACCCCUAGAUUUAAAAGC